AGCUCUGUUUAGAGAAAUUUCAAGUUCUGUUUAGAAGAAGCUGCUCGUAGUUGCCAGUUUCAGGUAAAUAGUUGGAAAGUUUAUUUGUUGAAUUUUUCUUCAUCACAUUUCCAGUACAAUGACAGAAGCGGAUAGUGAAAUAAUAAAACCCGAGAUGCUGAAGGCCUAUGUCUGGCUUCAAACUUCUGGUGAUUCAAUACAGCAAGUAGAACAAGAGGUUGCCAUGUAUUGUCCAUUUAUAUGUCAAGAAAUACACUCAGGCAUGGGAUCUUCAAAGAAUUACCCCAUCUCUCUUCCUUCACGGGUCAAUCCUCCUAUGCUGAGCUUGAUCCUUGACUACUGCCGGUUUCAUCAAGUACCAGGUCGUUCUAACAAGGAAAGGAAAUCCUUCGAUGAGAAGUUUGUUCGAAUGGACACUAAAAGGCUUUGUGAACUCACAUCUGCUGCUGACAGCCUGCAGCUGAAACCAUUAGUUGAUCUCACUAGUCGUGCUCUUGCACGGGUGAUUGAGGGGAAAACUCCUGAAGAGAUACGAGAAAUAUUUCAUCUUCCUGACGAUUUAACAGAGGAAGAAAAGUUGGAGCCUAUAAGAAACACCAUGGAUGAUCCGAGGAUUCGGCUUUUGAAUAGAUUGUAUGCUAGGAAGAGGAAAGAGUUAAAGGAAAGAGAGAGAUCAAAGAAUGUUGAGGUUGAAGAGGAACGCGCAGAUAAUCGUUCUGUGGAUGACCUCUUAUCAUUCAUUAAUGGAGGUAUUCGAGUUGUUUCAACAUACAAGUCUUAUGUUUCUUUUUCUCUACUUUUUCGCUCUGCUUCAAUAGUCAAGUUUGCGCAAGAUUCUAAGGGGACUAGAACUUCUAAAAACAAAAAGAAGAACCGUAAGAGGAAAGAUCAACAACGGACUGCUAAUUCUAACUGCACUAGUACUUCGAACAGCACCCCUUCUUCAACCAAUGUCGAAGAUAUGGACAAGAAGGUGAAAGAUCAUUACGUUGUGGAGUUAAAUGAAUUUGAUUCUGUGUGUAGUAAUCCUUUGUUAUGUGGCAAGGUUUCGACUAACAUUUGCAACAAAACAAAGUCGGUGCACUUUGAAGAUGAUGGGUUAACUGCUGAGGAUGAGUUUGAUGAUUGUGAUUUAGAUGAUGAUAUUGACCCUGCAUUGAAAGAAAAAAUCGAUAGGGAAGUGGAAGACUUCGCUAGAAGGUUAAAUUCAGAUUGGCCUGAAAGAAUGCAAGAGAUCCUCUCUCUAGGUCAAGAGAGAAGCUCAUUACAGUUGACUGUCAAUGGAAAUGGUUUAGAUCAGGGCCAGAAAUGAUCUGUGGGAACGCCUAAUCAAUUUCAAAAUGGAAAUUCGGCCGAUUUGCAAAAACCAACAAAGUUGGUUGGUUGACGACUGCACCACAAUUUUUUGGAUGUUUGUUAUUUGUUAGAGUUCAUUUUUUACGUUUGAGUUGACCUCAUGCAUCUUUAUCCAGAAGAAGAGAACAAUAAAGGGAAAGAAUGUGUGUAAGAUGCCAACAUAGCCAAUUUUGUCUACUUCUUUUUUCUUUCACCCCUUUUUUCACUGUUUCUUCUUUUCUAGCCCAUGAAAUUUAAAAAUGCACCUUUUGUAUUUUGUUUGUUACCCUUUCUCUGUAAAAGAACUUGUGGAGAAAGCAUGGAUUAGGAGUCUCAAUUGCUGGGAAUAUUUCCAGCCAAGUGAGUUCAAAUUUGAAGGUGUUGUAAAUAUGAGGAAGUUUUAUGUGGUUUUAGUUUUACAGAUGGAUGGUGGUGGGUCUUUCUUAAUUUUUGCUUCAGUGUUAAGUUGUGAUGAUUUGUUGGAGCUUAUAUUAGAUAAUUUAG